AUGAUCAAUGCAAUAAUGAUUGGUAGUUGCCAAACAUUUAAUACGAUCCUCUGUAAUAUUUCUAUGAAUAAUUAUCACAGCAACGUUCAAUUAUCUUCAAUUCGGCUUCAGUACUGUAUGAAAUACUCGCUAACAUUUUCUUUAUUCUAUAAUAGCACAGUGACACUUAAACGUCAAACGUGGCGCACAUUAAUAUACGAUGUAUGCAUUUGGCUUGACACUGCUGUAAUAAGGAACAUCAUCAUCCGUCAACUAGUAGUCACAUUAGUAGUGUAUUAUCACAUGGUGUGUAAGAACAUUACGUAA